AUGUGGAGCAGCGCAGGAGGACCAGGAAGACCAGGACACCAUGUGGAGCAGCGCAGGAGGACCAGGAAGACCAGGACACCAUGUGGAUCAGCGCAGGAGGACCAGGAAGACCAGGACACCAUGUGGAUCAGCGCAGGAGGACCAGGAAGACCAGGACACCAUGUGGAUCAGCGCAGGAGGACCAGGAAGACCAGGACACCAUGUGGAGCAGCGCAGGAGGACCAGGAAGACCAGGACACCAUGUGGAGCAGCGCAGGAGGACCAGGAAGACCAGGACACCAUGUGGAGCAGCGCAGGAGGACCAGGAAGACCAGGACACCAUGUGGAUCAGCGCAGGAGGACCAGGAAGACCAGGACACCAUGUGGAGCAGCGCAGGAAGACCAGGACACCAUGUGGAGCAGCGCAGUAGGACCAGUAUGACCAGGACACCAUGUGGAGAAGCGCAGGAGGACCAGGAAGACCAGGACACCAUGUGGAUCAGCGCAGGAGGACCAGGAAGACCAGGACACCAUGUGGAGCAGCGCAGGAGGACCAGGAAGACCAGGACACCAUGUGGAGCAGCGCAGUAG